AUGAAAAAUGUGCUCAUUAAGGAUAAACUUGUUCCAAAUAUUGAUUCUACUACAAAUGUUGAUUCUAUUGCAGACAUUUCUACUGAUGAUAAUUUUGAUGAUGCUGGUUUAAAUGAUGAUAAAAAUGUUGAUUUAGAUGAUGACGAUGAUGAAAACAACGACGAGGACGACGAGGACGAUGAUGAUGACAAAGAUAGUGACGAUCAAGAGGGAGAAAGAAACAAUAUUAAUGAUGGUCUUGUUGAGGUAAAUUUGAAUGCCCCAUGUCCUAAAAAUAGAACUUUUGAUGAUGCAUACAUAUGUAAUGUUCCUGAUGCUAGUACUGCAACUCACACUCUUAAAGAUAACCAUUUACCACUUCCUCGUGUAUCCCCUAGUGAUCAUUGUAAUGAUAGAAGUCAUGUUAGUAGUACACCAAGCUCAAAUUAG